AUGGAGAAAGUAGUGGAAGAAGCGGAAUUGAGGGUGAAAAUGGCACAACUUAGAGAUGUACCUUUACCCACCUCCAACACUUCAAGUCAAGGAGGUUCAAGUAGUGGUUUGGGUGUGAGUUCAAAUUGGUAUGGCACCACAAGUAGUAACCCAAAGAAGAGGAAGACUAAUCCUAUUGAGAAAGCAUUUAACAAUAAUCUUAGAGAACAAUUAGAUGGUGAGAUUGCAAGAAUGUUUUACACGAGCGGCUUGUCAUUUCAAUUUGCAAGGAAUCCCCAUUAUGUGAAUGCCUUUAGAAUCGCUUGUAGUAAAACACUUUCGGGUUACCACCCUCCCGGUUACAAUAUGUUGAGAACUACACUUCUCCAAAAAGAGAAGAAUAACAUUAAGGAGUGUUUGCAACCAAUGAAAAGGGCAUGGCAAAAUAAAGGGGUAAGUGUUUGUAGUGAUGGGUGGUCGGAUGCACAAAGAAGACCUCUCAUUAAUGUCAUGGCCAUUUGUGAAAGUGGGCCAAUGUUCUUGAAGGCAAUAAAUUGUGAAGGGGAGUGUAAGGAUAAAUUUUUCAUGGCGAACUUACUUAUUGAAUCAAUCCGGGAAAUAGGUCCCCAAAAUGUGGUCCAAGUGGUAACUGACAAUGCUCCGGUUUGUAAGGCGGCCGGACAUAUUGUUGAGGCAAAGUUUAAGCACAUCUUUUGGACACCAUGUGUGGUUCAUACCCUUAAUCUUGCUUUGAAGAACAUAUGCUCACCCGUGCUAAGACAUCCGGAAGUGUAUGAGCAAUGUAGUUGGAUUUCAACAAUCUCAAGUGAUGCAUGGUUUAUUAAGAAUUUUAUUAUGAACCAUAAUAUGAGGUUGUCAAUGUAUAAUGAUCAUUGUAAGUUGAAGUUGCUCUUCGUUGCUGAGACACGUUUUGCUUCUACAAUUGUGAUGCUUAAAAGAUUUAAGCAAGUGAAACAAGGCUUAGAGCAAAUGGUUAUUAGUGAUCAAUGGGACAUUUAUAAAGAGGAUGAUGUGGUAAAAGCAAGGACGGUGAAGGAAAAAAUAUUGGAUGAGUGCUUUUGGGAGGACAUUGAUUACAUACUUAACUUUACUUCUCCAAUAUAUGAGAUGCUUAGGUUGAGUGACACGGAUAUGCCUUGUCUUCACUUGAUUUAUGAGUGGUAUUAUUGCAAGGAAUGGCUUGAUAUGGCUCCUAAUCGUUGUGCUCCACAUAAAGACAUUGAGAUUACAAGGGAGAGGAAGAAAUGUAUUGAGAGAUUCUUUCCUAAUGAGGUGGAGAGAAGAACGGUUAAUGAGGAGUAUGCCUCUUUUUUGGCAUGUAUUGAAGAUUUUUCAGGUAUGGACUCUAUGAAAGAUAGAGGUUUCAUGGCUCUGGUAAAAUGGUGGGUUAUCCAUGGAGCGUCCACACCACAACUUCAAACUAUAGCAUUAAACCUACUUGGACAUCCUUCUUCCUCCUCCUAUUGUGAAAGAAAUUGGAGCACUUACAACUUCAUUCACUCUAUUAAGAGGAACAAGAUAACACUGGAAAUAGCGAAAGAUUUAGUAUUUGUGCAUAGCAAUCUUCGUCUCCUUUCAAGGAAAAGGCCCGAAUAUAAAGAAGGGGAAACUCAUAUGUGGGAUGUUGGAGGAGAUGCAUUUGAUUCCAUGGAUUUGGAAAAUGCCGGAGUGCUUGAGAUUGCAAACCUCUCUUUUGAUGAACUGGACUUAGAAGCCAUCAUAUUCAACCAUGAUGAAUGA